AUGUCGCAGUUUUACGGUGUAGGUUUUCUCAGAAAUAAACAACCAGUGGAUCUUUGCGUCAAAGUAAUUACAGAAAUAUCCAAAUUUGUAUUAAAAGUGAUUGAUAUGGAAGCUUCAUGUGUGCCAAAAUUAAAGUCAAUAGUCUAUAAAUAUUGUGUUGAGAUCAGACAAAAUAACGGAAUAACAGCCAAAGUUUCAACAACAGCAUCUUCCGAUUCAAUUGAGGAAAUCAAAGGAAACUUUGAUGAUUUUCAACUGAGAAAUGAUUUGGAUGGACAUGAUAUUUUUGGAGAAAUUCAUGAUCAAAAUUAUGAAAAUGAGGUCCAGGAACAAGUUCCAUUUAAGCAUGAAAAUGAUUAUUUGGACUGUAACCACAAUUUUAUUACCGAACAGAGCAUUAUAGAAGAUUUUGACUUGAAGUUAUUGAGCUAUGAACAGGGCAAUGCUCAAGCUGAAGAAAUUCAGUACAGCAUGCCUAUAGAUUAUCAAGUCAAAAUAGAAAUCGAAAGGUUUUAUGCUGGUCAAUAUACUGUCGACUCACAUUGGCAGAUAUCAACUGAUGCAAAUAUUAGCUUUUACUCAUCACCCGCAUCAUCUCCAUGUUAUCCAGAAAAAUCUUCAUCUAAUGGUCCACAGCUCAAAUCAAAACGUGGACGAAAGCCAAAAGACUGGGAAAACAGCAAUGUUAUCAAAAGCAUGAUUAAUUCUGCUAAAAAUAAUGAUGAACUCAACAAGACCAAGAACAAUAUUUCAUCUGGCAAGUACCGCAAGCGCAAGGCUAUGGAAAGAAAGGAACUUGAUCACAAAAUUGCACUUUUGGAAGUCAGGAAUCAAAAACUUAACGAAAGAAUCCAAAAAAAUAAAUUAUGGUUUGAUAGUACUGGUGAAAAUGGCCAGAAUGUGAAAUUGCUAUUGCUUGCACAAAUGUUCGGUCUUCUUCCGAUUACAGGAAUUUUCUCGAGAAAUAUUGACAACAUUAAAUUCAAGUUUAUAUCUAUUAGAACUUUACAUACACUUUUAUGGUUCAUUAGCGCGUUUGUGUUCCUAUAUCUUGAAUUGAAACGAAUGGCAAAUGAGGAAAGUACAAACGCAAAAACCAUUGGUGGCAUUGUCUUUUAUUGCGUCGGAAUAUCAUCCUCAAUCUUAUACGUACGUGUUGCAUAUAAAUGGAAUGAUUUAAUGAAUAUAUUUAAAGAAGUGGAUGGCAUCUUUUGCAAAAGUCCAUACACUUUGAAUGGAUGGAGCCUUAAAACUCAAAUUAGAUUCGCAACUGUUAUGGUUGUCAUCUUUGCAUUUUGUGAGCAUUCACUGUCAUGGUAUUCUUUUCUACAUGACCGCUAUGUUCAAGCAAAGAUUUGUCACUGGGAAAUUGAAAACUGGAUCUUCUACAUCACAAGUCUUCAUCUAAGCCACAUCUAUAAGAUGUUUCCUGUGAACACAUUUUCAGUCGUGUGGGCUGAAUACAUGAAUGUAUCCUUCACAUUUGCCUGGAACUAUGUUGAUUUAUUUAUAAUGGUAAUGAGUUUGUCAAUAGCUACAAAGUUUAAGAUGAUUAAUGAACGUUUAGAAUUUUUUAAAGGGAGAGUUAUUACGGAUGUAUUCUGGGAUGAAAUUAGAUGCCAUUACAAUAAAAUCUGUGAGCUCAAUGAUUACAUUGAUGACUUGAUAGGAAGUUUGAUAUGUGUUGCAUGUCUAGGUGAUAUUUAUUCUGUUUGCUCACAACUUUUAAAUGUAGCAACCCCACUUCCAUACAAAGCAAAUAAAAUCUACUUCUGGUAUUCAACUUUAUUUUUAAUAUGUCGGACUUUUGCUAUGUUUUUGACGACAGCAUCCGUAAAUGAUGAAUCUGUUAAACCACUUGCUGUAUUCCGAACGAUUCCCAGUGACGGAUGGUUCCAACAAAUUCAAAGAUUAUGCAGUCAAAUUCAGAUGAAUAGUGCAGCAUUAAGUGGAAGAAACUUUUUCUUCUUAACCAGAAGCAUCAUUAUCUCGAUUGCUGGAACUAUUAUAACUUAUGAGCUGGUGUUGCUUCAAUUUGAUGGCGAGAAAAUAUUACCAGGAAUGUUCAAUCCUUGUGGGGAAAGAGGCAAUAACUCUGCUGGUCUCCACAAUACUCAAAAUUAAUAUUUCAGAAUUUUUGUCAUAUGGUUGUGCUUAGAUAAAUGUUAAUGUAGAAGCAUUAAAAGCAGCGCAAUUUUAAGUAAUUUUUUUCAAAAACUUAAUUUCAGACAAUCAUUCACAUCAAUUCAUUAAUUACUGAAAAUUUUACAAAACAUGAAAGUCGAAUCUGAAUUUUUACAUGUUUAUCAAUUGAAAUCUCCACAAUUUCCAGUACAGUUAUUCAACUUGUAAACUGUGGAUAGUAAGCAAGCAACAAUGUCCAAAUUAUCUUUUAAAUUAAAUUGUUAUAGUUCCAGGUAUAUUUUGUGAAGCCAAUGAUUUGAGGAUUGCUGACAAGGUGGGUGUCAGUUGGG